AUGACAUUCAGCAGCAUUGGAAUGUGGGAUUUGGCUUUCGUAGGCAUUGAACCUAAAAGUGGGAAUGGAGUAGACAUAAUGAUACCUGAGGAAGUAAAUAGGCCCAAUAUGGAGAUUGUGCCUUCUGUGGAUCUUACAAAAGCUUUCACCACUAGCCAAGCUUUUGAAUCCUCCAAAGAUCUUGUUAAUUGGGCCAAAGCUGUAGGUAAAGAGCAUGGCUAUGUUAUUAUUAUUCAGAAGUCGGACUAUGGAUCUGACAAAAGGAGGGCCGUGAUGACACUAGGAUGUGAGCGUGGCGGCAAAUAUAAACCAUCCACAUCGGUGUUAAAGCGAAAUCGGACUGGAACUAAGAAGUGUAAUUGUCCAUUCAGGCUAAGGGCAAGGCGUAGUAAUAAAGAUAAAAUGUGGACGGUGCUUGUGCAUAGUGGGAUCCAUAAUCAUGACAUUGCUGAGGUUUUGCAGGGUCACUCAUAUGUUGGCCGUCUAAAUCCAGAGGAAAAGGCGAUGGUGGGAGAAAUGAUUGAAGAAAGGGUCAAGGCCAGUGAUAUUUUGAUUGCUAUAAGGAAACACAACCCAACCAACUUGACUAGAAUUAAACAGAUUUACAAUGAGAAGCAAGCAUACAACAGGUUGAAGAGGGGAUCGUUGACCGAGAUGCAACACUUGAUGAAGUUGUUGGAAGAACACAAAUACGCACAUUGGUCCAGGGUGCAGGAUGGUACUGAUGUGGUCAGAUCUUUGUUUUGGGCACACCCUGAUUCCAUUCACUUAUUCAAUGAGUUUCCUCAUGUUGUGAUUCUGGAUAGUACAUACAAGACCAAUAGGUACAGGAUCCCUUUACUUGAGAUGGUGGGGGUUACGUCGACAAAUUUGACAUACUCAAUUGCUUUUGCGUACAUGCAGAAUGAGCAAAAGGAUGAGGUUGUUUGGGCUGUGAAUAGAUUAAAAGACUUGAUCAUUAAUGAGGACAAUCUGCCGAAGGUCUUUGUUACAGACAAAGACCAAGUUUUGAUGGAAGCAUUGGAAACUGUUUUUCCCGCAGCUCGCUGUCUUCUAUGUCAGUUUCAUGUACUUAAGAGUGUAACUGGCGAGAUGAAGAAACUUGUGAAAGACAUUGAGACACGUGAAGACAUUACUGAUAGAUGGAAUCGAUUGAUGUAUGCUGCCAACGAGGUUGAGUAUGAUAAAGCUGUGGGUGCUAUGUCGAAUACCGGUGAGCUCUGGACUUACAUUGAGACUAACUGGUUGCCUUUGAGAAGCAAGUUUGUGAAGUUUGAGAUUGAUACUUGUAUGCACAUGGGGUGCACGACAACAAACAGGUAA